AUGCCUCUGAGUGUCACCCGUUGUCACCAUUUGUUUCUAUUUAAUAAUAAUGAAUUCCUCCUCCAGAAACGUCUGCUGAAGGAGCGGCAGAAGCUGCUAGAGAAGAUAGAGGAGAAGCAGAAGGAGCUGCAGGAGACUGAGCCCAAGUUCAACACUGUGAAGGAGAGGGAGGAGAGGGGCAUCGCCAGACUGGCCCAGGCCACCCAGGAGAGAACAGACCUGUACGCCAAGCAGGGCCGUGGCAGUCAGUUUACUUCUAAAGAGGAGAGGGACAAGUGGAUCAAGAAGGAACUCAAGUCCCUGGACCAGGCCAUCAACGACAAGAAGAGGCAGAUUGCUGCCAUCCAUAAAGACCUGGAGGACACUGAGACCAACAAGGAGAAGAACCUGGAACAGUAUAGUAAACUGGACCAGGACCUGAAUGAGGUGAAGACCAGGGUGGAAGAGCUGGACAAGAAAUACUACGAAGUCAAGAAUAAGAAGGACGAGCUGCAGAGCGAGAGAAAGUAAGAUCACGAUCCAUAUCUUA